UCCGCGCGGCCGUUGGAGCAGGGGGCGGCUGUUGGCGGGCGGCUGCGCCAUGGGCAGCGCUGAGGGCACAGAUUGGGUCAACGUUGCCAAUGAUCUUUUAAGGAGCUGUCACAUAAACCAGCACAUAAAGCAUCUCUCAGAGUGCGGAGCUGAUGUAUUUGUUUGUCUUUAUGAGUCGAUCUUAGGAGAAAAGGUACCAGAUUUCAUAGCUACUCCUAGAAGCCAAGAGGAUGAUGCACAUAAUGUACAAGCUGUAAUAGAUUCUCUGGCAUUGGACUACCUGCAGGUCAGCUUGUCACACAUCACUGGUGAGAACAUUGUGAAAGGAGAAAAGGAGUCUAUCAGAAAUCUCCUUGAAAUAUUUGAUGGUUUGUUGGAGUAUCUUACAGAAGAAGUCAGUGAAUUCUCUUCUCAAAAUGGAGAUGAGACUGUACUGCCCAAUAGCAAAAUGCAAACUGUAUCUCCAGAGCAGCUGGAAAGCAGUGCUGGUCAACUUACACCAUCUUUGGAACUUUCAUCAGUUGACAGGUCCCAGUCGGAAUGCUUUGUGCCAUUGUGUGAUGCAGACGGUUCGGAAUCUACCAGUGAAUUAAUUCGACUUGGAGAUACUGCUCAUUUGUCCUCAGAGAGAGGAGAAGGAUCCUUGGAGUCCAUUCACAGCACUGAACUGCCAAAAGAGCAUUUCAGUUCCAGUGCUCAAAGGCUCGGGGAGCCACCAAGCCAGGCUGUUCCUUUGCUACCACCAUUUCAGCCUGCUGAAGCCAGGUCCUGUGAUCCUGUACACAGAGAUCACCAGAGCUUGGACAGUCAGUCAGCAGCUUUGGUUAACAGUCAAGAACUGGAAUCUCCUACUCUUGAAAUGUCACUUACACAAAAACCUGAUGAUGUUUCAGGUGCUCUUCUGUCAAGAAAGAUCCCUGCAGGAGACAAGACCGUCCGGAAUGAUGCUGAGGACAAUAUGAAGGUUCCUUGGGUAUAUGGGACUUCUGCAUCUGCUUCACACUUAGAUCAAAAAUUCUCCUUACACACUGAGCAAAUAACACAGCAUCCAAGCCCUGAAUCAAGACAUCUGCCUAGAAAGAAGAGAUAUGAAAACUCUACCAUAGAUUCACUUGAAGUUCCUCUUUCCCACAGAACAACAAAGGAAAACCUGCCUAAGCAAGAGCUGUAUCAAGUAUCACAAAAACUUUCUCACAGGUUAAAUGAACUGGAUUCAAUGUUGAAGAGAGCUUUGGGUGGGCGUCCCAGAGAAGAGGUGACAGAUGAAGACAACCUGUCCCAGCACAGUGACAGCGUGAUGGAUUACGGCCGAAGGAGAGCUGAGCGAGACAUACCACACCUGAAGUACCCCAGCAGGACACGAUCCCUUUCUCCACCAUCACCCUCAUCUCAGCAUCAGCUUUUUUCGGAGGCAGAAGACAUGCUUUGCAGUAAUGGAAGAGGCCAAAUGAAAAGCAUUCGCAACAAGUUGCAAAAAGAAAGGGAUGAAAGAACACAAGAAGCAAAGAUGGUUGCUAAAGCUUAUGAAAAUGAAUUAAGAAUUUAUGAAGCUCGGGAGAGGCUCAGACUUUCCAAACUCAGGGAAGAAAUCAAGGAACUGGAACAAGGAUACAAGGAAAACAUCUUUAAAGAAUCUCCAAAAAUCCCUCAGCCAGUGAGAGUUUAUUCUAGAAAAACCACACCUUGGAAUCCCAGAUACAGCCAGUGGAUUCCAAAACGAGGGACUGCAAAGCCAAAGAAAGCAGCUCCAAUGAAAGUCAGGGAUGAUGACCUCCUGCUUCAGCUACUGGAAGAGUUCCCCCACCUGCACGUUUCCCAGCACGCUAUGAACAAAAUGUGGCGGCAGCAGCUCGCACAGACUGAACGGCUGAAAGCAGCUUCUGACAGGGCUAGACUCAAACUCCAAAAUGAAGUUCAACAAGCCUUGAAGAAGCAUGAGCUUCUUGUUGCAAUUAUUAAAAAAGAUCGAGACCAUAACAAGAGACUGCAAGAAUUAAAGCAACGUAUCUACUGCCAGAAAUGGACUCAGAGUAAGGUGAGAGAGAAACGCCAGCAAGUUGUUAGAGCCAGGAAAUACUAUGAAGAUUACCGUGUCCAGCUGCGGGCCAAGAUGAUGCGGGCUAGGACAAGGGAAGAAAGGAUAUUUAAAAACUUAUUUGAAGAAGGCUUAGAAAUUCAGAAGCAAAGACUGAAGGAGCUGAGAGCAUAUGCUCAAGAGAUGCGUGCUGAGCAAAGAAGAGAGCAUCAGAAUGAGCUGGAGUCCAUGGAGAACUAUUACAGAGAUCAGUUUUCCAUGCUAGCAGAAGCUUUAUCUCAAGAACGCCAACAAAUCCGAACCAGAGAGAAAGCACAAGCACAAAUGCUGCAGAAAACAAAAAGAGAGCUGAGGUCAAGGAUGGAAAAAGAAAUACAGCAACUGCAAACAGCAAUAAUGCAAAAUGAUGAUGAAACUUUUUUUCAUGAACUAGAGGCAGACAGACUCAGAUCUAGGCUUCAGAUGGCUUCCUUUCAGUACAACAAAAGUGGUUUCUCUUAAGACAUGGUAAAUAGCACUGCAGCUGUCUGCUGAGCUGGAGGGGAGUCUCUGAGAAGUGCUGCGACAGGAAGGUGGUGUGCAGCUGCUGUUCUGUAAGAUCAGAUCUGUCAUCUCCAUGUGCCAGAGGCACAGCUGUUGGUACCUGGAACUUCCAGUACUUUUAUGAUUAAUAAAGUUUUAAGCUACUUUCUACUGUGUAGCAAAGCUGAAAUGAUGUCAGAAUUUUAACGUGUAUUUAUAAAACUUAUUUUACUUUUUUCUUCUCAUAAGGAAAGCAGUUCAAUUUUUGCUGCAACUUGAGAGCAGACAUCCAUUCAGUAACACAGAGAUGAGCCCCUUUCCAGGAAACCAUUAACAUAAAAGCCAAAAUAAGACCUUUGUUGUUCAGUUAAGACAAUUAGCACAACCCUUAUUUUAGGCAGACGUCUGCAGAAAGACUCAGAGUGUAAUAAGCACUUUCCCCUGAAACGAGGGCGGAUUACUUAAAGCUAUUUGUUACAUUUUAAAGUAAACAAUUAAGAAAAACUGAAAACUUUUUAAACCAUUGAUGCUGUGACAGUGCAAACAGCAUACAAUUUAUUGCUCAACUUCUGCAUGGGUACAUACAUUAAGUACUUAAAAACCAUUUUAUACAGAUUUUUUUGUUAAAGCUCAUGUAACAGCUGGGUGAAAAUACAAUGAUACCAAUGCUAAAACACUCUGUAAUAAAUACAAUGGAAAUGAUAAACUAAGAACUGUCAGGUUGUGGAGGAGUAAUUACACUUGUAUAAACUAAUUACAGCUACAGACGAAGCUCUGAGGAUGUGGUAGAGCCAGAAACCUACUACAUAGUGUAAAGUACAACAAAUGGCACCUGGUAACUAGGUGGUGCAGUUUAAAAUCUGAAGCACUUGGAGCAUGCUACAUUAAGCUGUAUGAUGCAUUCUUAUGAUAUAGAAGCAAAGCUUUUACUUCCAUCAAUGCAGCUAGUUUAAACGCACCAGAAGUUCUAUACAGAUGUAGUGUUGUAGGACAAGAAUUUAAAAACAGCUUGUGUGCUCUGGACUUUAGUACAACACAACAAUUUGGUAAAAAUAAAUCAGUUUAGGGAAACUGAAACUAUGUGCAAAAAAAUUAGAAUACAUACUGUACAAAGCACCAUUACAAAACUCUUUACACCGAGAAAUUAAAUCCUCUGAAAUUCAA